CGAGCCGUGCAGCACCUCGGACAGCGAGCGCCGGCACAGAGCGGGCAGCACCUCGGACAGGGGCAGACAGUGAGAGACAGUGAGAGACAGAGAGAGCAGGACCAGGGACAGGGCAUCCCCCGCACUGACCCGGCACCAUGCCCAAAGGAUUCCUGGUGAAGCGGAGCAGGAAGUCCCCGCCGGUCUCUUACCGGGUCCGGGAUGAGGAGUGUGACCGGCCCGAGCUGCCCCCGGCCUGGAUGCUGCUGGCUCUCUAUCCCAGCGGAGGAGCCCCGGCCCCCGCCAGCCCUGACCGAGCCGCCCCGGCCUGCAGCCCCCGAGCCCCCCCGGCCGGGCAGUUCGGGAACCCGGAGUCCGCGCAGCAGGCGCUGUCCAGCCCGACCCGGCCGGUGAGCAGGGAGUACCUGGACCGCGGCUUCAGCCUGGGCUCCCCGGUGUCCGCCGAGUCCUUCCCGGCCGCAGCCAGCUCCAUGGAGCCGCUCCACCCGCCCAGCGAGCUGGGUCUGACCGCCAGGAAGAGAGCGGAGCCCGAGCCGGCUACCAACCCCGCCGGGCCGCCGCUCCCCGCCCCCACCACCACCGCCGCCAGCCAGCCGCAGCACAAACCGCCGGCCGCCAAGAAGACCAAAGCCAUCCGCAAGCUGACCUUCGAGGACGAGGUGACCACCUCCCCCGUGCUCGGCCUGAAGAUCAAGGAGGGCCCGGUGGAGCGGCCGGCCAGCUCGGGGCCGCGGCCGCUGGGGGAGUUUAUCUGCCAGCUGUGCAAGGAGCAGUACCGGGACCCCUUCUCCCUGGCCCAGCACCGCUGCUCCCGCAUCGUCCGGGUGGAGUACCGCUGCCCGGACUGUGAUAAGGUGUUCAGCUGCCCGGCCAACCUGGCCUCGCACCGCCGCUGGCACAAACCCCGGGCCCCCCCGGCCCCCGCCCCCGACCAGCCGCCCCCCGACCGGGACACCCCCAGCCCCGGCAACUCCGAGUCCGGCUCCGAGGACGGCCUGUACGAGUGUCCGCGCUGCGCCAAGCGCUUCCGGCGCCAGGCCUACCUGCGGAAACACCUGCUGGGCCACCGCCAGCCCGGCCCGCCUGGCCCGCCCGGGGAGCCCGCCGAGUGCCACCCGUGCCCGGUGUGCGGGGAGACCUUCCCGGGUAAGAGCAGCAUGGAGCGCCACGUCCGCCUCCUGCACUCCGGGCAGCUCUACCCCUGCAAGUACUGCCCGGCCACCUUCUACAGCUCGCCCGGCCUCACCCGGCACAUCAACAAGUGCCACCCGUCCGAGAACCGCCAGGUCAUCCUGCUACAGGUCCCCGUCCGCCCGGCCUGCUGACAGCCCCCAGGGGCCACACCUGGACACUCACUGCCAGCCUGGGGGCCACACCUGGACACUCUCUGCCAGCCUGGGGGCCACACCUGGACACUCUCUGCCAGCCUGGGGGCCAAUCCUGGACACUCUCUGCCAGCCUGGGGGCCAAUCCUGGACACUCACUGACAGCCUGGGGGCCAAUCCUGGACACUCACUGACAGCCUGGGGGCCAAACCUGGGCAUUGAGGGCACCUAGAGUCAGCCUGGGCAAUGGAGACACUUCCAGGCUUGGCAGAGGGGACUUUGCUGCCAGGCUCAGUAUGUAACCCAUGCCAUGCAGGAAAGCACAGACAGCUCCUGGUGGGCAGUAAGAGGGGGGCAUGUGGGCACCUGCACAAUGUCGAUCAGCAGAGCCAGUUAUGCACAUAGUAUGUAUUACACGCCCAUGGACAAGGGGACAGACAGUACUUAACCUGGCACAAAACAGCUUGUUACUCAGCCUGUCUCCUAACUUCAGGAUUUGACUGUCAGCUCUGUGGUCUACUGCCCACUAAGGACUGUUACACAUAUGAUGGCCCACUGCAGAUUACCCCUUGUCACUCUCCAUUAAGGGGGAGGUCAGGACACCUGCCUAACUAGAACUGUGCCUUUCCUGAUUGCAAGCAAUGCCAUCCCAGAGACCUGUCAAUCUUUUAGCUGCCAAAUCAAGACAACAGCAGCCAUAGCUUGAAGUGCAUUACAAAAAAAAAAAAAGUGGUUAUUGUGCUUUAAUGCCAGACAGCAUCAUCUAGAUUAACAAAGGGGAGAGAGCACUUUUGGUUCCAUUUUUGUAAGUGUGUUUUUGUUUAAUAUUUUUGAUCAGAAAACAAAUGUACUAAAUAGUUGUACCCAUUUUGUUAAGAGAGGGCAGCACCACUAAGGUAAUUCAACUAUUUCGGGUGAGAUCCAUAUGCACAGCACUGUACAAGCAGCAAAUGAGGAUCCAAAGCAAAUGCACUCUAGAAUGCCAAGGGAGCUUAAAAAAAGUACAAAGAUCAGCCCUUAACGUGCCAAGAAGGGCUGAAACAAUCAGAGAUUUUCUUGCUCCCCCUCCCCCUUAGCACUCAGAUUUAUAGCACUAAUCAGAAAAAAAAGGUGAUAGGGCACUAACCUAGCCACUGCCAGACUCAUACCCAUAGGGGCUACCUAGCAAUAUUGUUUGCUGCUAUUACAUUGCUGUGAUGGUAUUUUUCUAUUAUAAGGAAUAGAAUUCCUUUCGCAUGGUAUCCUCAUGCAAGUUCUCAUUUUAAUGCAUUAAAAAGCCCGUUUCAGUUGUACUGAUCACAUUGCUGUUUUGCUGCUCUCUUUCAAUAAUGUUGGUGAUGCAGAUGUGAAGUUGUUGUCUAUCACUGUUUCAAAGUGCUUACCAUUCAUUUAAUGACAAGCCCAAGGGGCAUGGCCUGUGUAUCUGAGGACAUCUGUUCACUUGUCUUUGUUGUAGGUUUAAAAGAAUAGCUUAGACUGGGAUUGCAGAAUAUUACUUCAUGUAAUUGGUGUCCCCUAAACUAGUGCAUCGCUAGUGUGGCCUUGUAUUUAACCUUUUUUUAAAAAAAUUUUUUUUAGUGCAAGUGGAAAGAGCAAUAGCAUUUUAUAGCUCGCCCUUGUUACACUGUGAAGGGUUAAAUUGCAGGAUAGGCUUCAUUUUGUCCCAUUUAACCGUAGGGGAUGCCUUUUGAGCCACCCAUGCUAGCCAUGGACUAGGGUUAAGGUCUACAGCAGCUUUUGUCUUCUGUAACUUUUGUCUUAUUAAUGUAUUUUUCUAGCCUACGGGUUCAUGUUUUCAGUCAAUAUUGAGAAAUACUGCCUUGUUGUUUCACAGCCUUCAUAUUGAACGAACUUGACUAUUAGCUUUAUAACGGCUUGUGAACUGCUGGAAUCUGUCUUUAUAUAUUUUCUGUGAACAAAUCAAAAUUUCUUUGGGAGGUGGGUGGGAAGGGAUAUAUGACUUUAGUCUUAGCCACAAAUGCCUUGAAGUUGUUGUCUUUUUAACUUGGUAGACAAAGCUGCCUUUUUUUGCCACUUUUACUGAUGUAGAGGCCAGCAAUUCAUCCCAUAACAGGGUCCUUUAAUAUAUUCUUGAAAAUAUUUUUUACAUUUCAUUAAUAAUUUUAUUUUACAAUUUUCGCCCCUGAAAAAAAAUGUUCUGUUGGAACCACAGACAUUUGUUUACUCUCCAAAUGUAUAUUCUAAUUUUAUGAUUAUGUUUAUUUAUUUUAUUUAUUUAUAUUAAUUAUGAAGAUAUGACUAUUAUUUGAUCUGUUAUGUUGGUGUUUAAUAUUUUUUUCUUGACAUUUCACUGUACAUUGCAGACUUUUUUUUUUUUUUUUUAACUUGCUACUUAAAACAAAUGUAUAAAAUAAUGAAUGGCUUUCCCUUUCUACAUUCCAAAACAAGACAUUAUUUCCAUUUACUGUGCUUUAAAAGGGGCAGAUAGCUCAUAUGUUUAGAAGCAAUCUUUUUUUCUACACACACUAUUUUCUUAACUGCUAGCAAUUUAUAGAAUGCUUCAAUAGAACUGUUUCGACUGUG